CUGUGGCGAACAGCUGAUUGGCAAAAAUACAAAAAAAAAACUCCAAAUCCGAAACAAAUGAGAAAAAUAUAGAAACGAUGAUAUAGACGGCAGGCGAUUACUUAAAGUGCAUCCGAAUGCGAAAAGCCACUCGCAGCGGCUUACGGAAAAAAUGCAGCGGAAGCAGUCCGGCAUCGACCCGGCAUGCAGCACCGCCUUCGAGGCGGCGGACCAGCCGCACCACCACGGCCUCAGCACAAAGAUAGCGCUGCGGCGUCUAUACGAGGAGAUUGAAAAAGUUCUGCUGGAGCAUGAGCAGCACUACGGGGCGGAGAGCUGCUAUCGGAAGUUGCGUGCGGCCUUCGUGAAGCGCUAUGACAGUCCACUGGGCUGGCUGUCCAUUGGUGCCAGUUUGCUGACAAGCGGAGCGCUGCUUAUCACCGGCAUGUUGUGGCCCGCGAUCUGUUUGCUGGCUAUCUUAUCGCUGGACUUCUUCGUGGUCAUCCGAGAGAACAAUUUGCGACGCACGGAGAUAUUCCGCAAGACGCGCUACGCCCUCGCGGAGCUGCAAUUGGCGGAGCAGCAUUUCAGCGACGACUGGCAGCAAUCCAAUUAUCCUCACCUGAGUAAUCCAAUGUCGCCGUGCGUAUCCCUGCAGUGGACCUAUCGCGACGGCAUCCUCGUCAACCUGCCAUGGGCGCUGUUGGUGCGCGGCGAUUGCAUUGUGCUGCGACCUGGACACAUAUCACCCGGCCCCUGUCAUGUGCUGGAAACAAGCAAAUGCUUCGAGGCGAAUGAAAUCUACGGUGCGGCGCCCAUGGGGGAUCCACCUGUUAAGCCAAUGGCGCGUCCACCGCUGCCCAAUCUCGUGUGCUGCUUGGAGAGUACGCCGUAUCUGGAGAACUUGAGCAUUUGCCUAAAGAACUCGCUAAAGCGACCGCCAACAAUCUACAAUCAGCAGCGCUAUCUGCUGGUGACCAAAUACAUUCAACAAUGGGGCUUCAUCAGUGCCCUGAUCAUCACUCUCAUAUCGGGAAUGCUGCGCCUGCAUGGCUAUGGACUGCCCACCGACGAGAAGCACAAUUGGCGCUUUGUGCUCAUCGAGUCGCCUGCCGCUGCCAUAAUUCCACUGCUGCCACUGAUCUUCCCGCUCAUGUGGAUAUCCAUGAAUCUGUGGGGCGUUGCCCGGCUGCAGUGCUUCCUCAAGACGCCGCAGGCUGCCUUUGAAAAGAGUACAACAAAGUCGUUUGAAGAGGAUCUCGACUCGCCCUCGUGUAACUAUGAGAACAUAUCAAUGCUGCGCUCCAAUGUGCUGCGCAUCUGGAUGCAAUUGUGGAAGGGGGACAGCGAACUGUUGCCCCGUUCGGCUAAUCUGGUGCAGGUACUGGGCUCCAUUUCGGCGCUCUGUUGUGUGGACAAAAAGGGCAUAUUGUCGUGGCCCAAUCCCACUGCCGAGAAGGUCUUCUUUCUGCACAACACCGACGAGGAGGCCCACGAUGAUGGGGCGCGCAGUCAAGCUUCCACACAAAGCGAAAGCGAUGAUGUGCCCAUUGUUGAUGAGGAUCACAAGGAGGGUGGCAUUGUCGCCGAGGUAUUGGAUCUAACGCAUGACCAGCACUGCCCCUUUCGUCUGGAGUUCGAUGAUCAUGAGUGGAAGGCGCACAUUAAAUCACUCAAACCGCUGGGCCUGGCCAUAUUGCUGAACACCUGCUCGCCGCUUACCCAUGAGCAUUAUGCACAGUUCUGUGGACAUGUUACCGCUGUGGCGAUGCUCGACAAAGAUUUGGUGCCCGUGACAAAUCGGUAUGCAAAUGCGUAUGCACUCAUUGAAUCCAGUAAAAGCUUUUUGCAUGGACGCUGCCUGUGCGAGCUGGCCAAGCAGAUUGGCUUCACCGAUCAUGCCACUGAUCGUUUUGCGCUGGAGGGACAGCUGGCCAGCUACAGGCAUUUGCAACCCGAUGUGGUGCGUCGGGACAUACGCUUUGCGCGACAGCUGCAGCUGUCGUCCAAGGUGAAGGUGCCAUUUCCGCAUUCGCUGUCCGUGGUGAUGCGCGAGAAUCCGGGCGGCUAUCUGUCGCUCUUCACGCAGGGCACCGCGGACAUUAUUCUGGACUGUUGUGACGAUUUCUGGAAUGGCCAGGACCUGCACCCGUUGUCGCCGCAGGACCGCAAGCGUGCCCUGGACUUUUAUCAGCGCAGUGCGCUCACCUCCUACUGCACAGCCUUCGCCUAUCGGCCGCUGCGGCAUGGCAUUCACGGGGCCCUGAGCGGUCCGCAGCAGAGCGGCGGCGAGUGCUUGUACCUGGAGCUGCCGCCCGAGUCGAAGCUGCGCAUGCAGCACGUGGACAAGUUACACUGCGACUUCCAGGGCGGGCAUCAUGUGAAGCUGAGCCACAGCAUCAGCACGGACUCGCUGCUGUUCUCGGAGCACAAGGACGAGGAUUGCAACGAUGUGGAGGGCUGCUUCGAAAUGCAAUGCCACCAGGUGUUCAUCGGCAUGGUCACGAUGCAGUACCAGGCCCAGAAUGACAUUGUGCGGCUGGUGGAGCGCCUGGAGCGUGCGUGCAUUCGCUUUGUACACUUCAGCAAGGAGAACGAGCUGCGGUCGCGCGUCUUUUCCGAGAAAAUGGGCCUCGAGUCCGGCUGGAAUUGUCACAUAUCGCUGCUCAGCGAACCAGAGCCGGAGAUUGAGAAGGAUAGGGAGAAGGAGAAGACAAACUCUCGGGGCAUUUCACCAAAAAACCCUGGUAAAAAUCCACAAAAAGCCACCACAGAACCUGCCACCACCACUGAAAGCACAGCCGAUUGUGUGGACGAUGCCCAUGCCCAUAACACUCAUCCUCAAUGUGCCAAAGUCAUGUACAUAUCGCCUCCCGCAUCCGCAUCCGCACCCAGUCCCACACCUGCAUCCGAAACCGAAACCAAAACCACAGCACCCGCAAAUGAGGCAACAGCCUCGUCCAUUGCUAAACCCACUGAUAUUGUAGGUGACGCCCCUGGUGCUGCUGCUGCUGCUGCUGCUGGUCCGGAUGUCAGCUAUCUGCUCGGCCCGCCCACCAACUUGGAGUCCUCGAAAACGCUCAGCUCUUCGGCGCCCGGUGCCAUAUCCAAUCCGGAUGAGUGCAAUCCAUUGAAUGCGGCUCUGAGGUCUGAGGACGCUGGGGAUGCAGUCGAUGCUGGAAGUGGGGAGAACUCGGAGAGCUUGCAGCACAUGGAGCUGUCUGGCGGCGGCGGCGGGGAACUGGAGACGGAGACCAGCGAUCCCAAUCGACACAAGCAGCGACACUCGCUGGACUCGGCCAUGGAUGAGAACUGCCGCUCGCUGAGCACCCUCACGGAGAGCACCGAUCAGAGUGCGCCCAUCAAUUUUGACAUGUCGAACCGGGCCAAGCUGCCGCGCGGCAUUGAGAACAUUCGGCCCCAUCUGGAGCAGGUGGACAAUGUGCCGCUGCAGGUGUCGCUCUUCACGGACUGCUCGGCGGAGGCCACGCGCCAAAUGCUCGACAUUAUGCAGUCCUAUGGCGAAAUUGUCGUCUGCUUGGGCAGCUCGGCCAGCAAUGCGAAUGCCGAUAUCUUCUUGCAGGCUGAUUGCAGCAUUGCCGUGGAGCCACUCUAUCCGCAGGUGUGUCAAGACGUCGACGCCUACACGGAGGCGAACCUACAGCACAACAAGUGGCUCUGGCAGCGUCAGGCCGACAAGGGCAAGGCUGCCGACGAUGAGCAGCUGCUGGAGUGCGGCCUCCAUGGGGCCGGGGCACGUGCCAUGCAAUCGCCAGCGCAUACUGUCUCCCCGCUGUAUCUGAGUCGUCUGCUCAACUCGCUGCCCUGCUCGAUAGCCGUCUGUCGGGACGACCCACUUUCGUUGGUGGCCAUAAUUGAGCUGUCACGCCGCUUCUCGCUGGGCCUGUGGAACUGCAUACAGUAUUGGGCCUGCUGUGCGGGCACCAUAUCCAUUAUGAAUGUGCUGUGCGCGUGCCUCUCACUGCCGCCGAUCCUCACGCCCCUGCUGUCCAUCUAUCUGAUGUCUGUGCCCGUGCCGCUGAUUGCCAUCUCGUUGGCCCACAUCGAUGUCGAUCCCAAGAUAAUGAAUCGAGCGACCAGCAAGAAGCAAACCGACUAUGAUACGCGCGCUUUUGCAUUUGUUAUGUGGUGCUAUGGCUGCAAAUUUCUCGUUCCCAUUAUAUCGCUGCUCGUUACCUACUGGAUGUGCCUAGCGCAGUCUAGCGUCAGUCCACAGCUCACUGCAGAGGAGCAGCUUCAGGUUGGCGACGACGACGACAUCGCUGACGUAGACAAUGAUGCGAAUUUCUAUCAAUUUCUGUACUUGGCACGCAGCUGUGCCUUGCUGGCGAUACUCCUGCACUUUGCUUGCAUCUCCAUUACAUUUGUGCAUCGCGAUCAUGCAAUUUGGCAGCGUAAUCCAUUUACCAAUCGCAUUUGGGCCCUCACCUGUCUGGGUCUGGUGAUUUUCCAUUUGGCCAUUCUGUCCUUACAACUAGCACUGGAUGACUUUCUACAGCAACAACUGCCGCAGCUCUGGAUGCCCAUGCUGGUGCUAUAUGGCACGGGCCUGCUCAGCUGGAUUAUCAGCGAACUGGCCAAGUUUCAGGAGAACAAAGUUAAUGCGCGCUAUCAGCGUCGUGCGCGUUUGGAUUUUGGCACCAAAUUGGGCAUGAAUUCGCCCUUUUAGAUCGCCCCCACCCCCCACAUGUACUUAGUGCCAAGGCUGUAUAUACACCACGUUGGAUACGCUUUUCUUGUUUUAAUUAACCCUUAGGAUACUUGAUUUUUGUGUUAGCAGCAUCUGUUUGAUUCGUUUUUAGCUGCGGCCUUGUACUUUCAUUCAGUUUUUUUACUUUUACCGACUAGCCUUUCCAGCUUGUUUAUUUUUGUUGUGUGACACCCCGAACCGCCCCCAAUCGAACACCUUUUAUGUUCUUGUUUCGUGUUGCCCCUCUCUGGCCACUCUGUGUGUACUAACAUUUAAAAAAGACUUUGCAAUUACUGUAUGAAAUAUAUACCUACAUAUAUGUAUAUCUAUGUGUAUAUCUGAAAAAAAUAAAAGCCAACGCAACUCAA